CGGACUAUGGGUGUGUGUUGACAGUCUUGUGCGGCGAAGACGAGUAGUGGACGACUACCAAAUAGAAGAGAGCCAGAGGAAGUGAACGAGAUGUCUAAUUUACAUCUGUUUCUCUUUCUCUCCUUCUCUUUUUAUUUUUCUUCAGCCAUUGAAAAUGACAUCUCAAAUCAGGAUCCAUUUCUUCAACCAAAUGACAUUGUUCUUCAGUUUCGAUCCAAUGAUUCUGUGGACGAAAGGAUCGUUAAUCUAGAAGCGAACUCAACCGUUAGGAUCCGGUCGACCAAUAUCCCAAAAACUGUGGCUUUUGCUGUGAUCCAAGCCCACUCUCAGGUGCACAGAAUCUCCAUGUCCCAAUCAAGAAAGUUUGAAAUUGGAAAUCAUGUCGUUGGCUCGUCAAUUGGUAUCUUGGUUGAUACAACUACAAGUAACUCUGGUGUUAUGGCGUACCUUAUCAACACACUGCCUGUAAAUAUCACAGUUUUGACAUUCAUCAUCUACUAUGACCGCAGGGCUCCAAUUCCUGGUGGAUGUAACCUUGAAUUUGAAAUGCCAGUGUCUCCUUGGCUAAGGGUGUCAUACAACCAUAGCAUGGUGGAUGUUGAUCACGAACUGGCUGCAUUGCCUUCCAAUCAGGGAGUCUUCCCCUGUGAAUCAGAGUCUUUGCACUACGAAGUCUUUCAUUACUACCUCAGCCAGCGGGAUUUUACCGAGGAAUCUUUUUUUGAUGCCAUACGUCUAUUAAGAACAGUCAACGGCGCCCAUGAAUUCGGAAGGGAGAUUCGUUCCUUUGGUUUUACGCCAACAACGCGUUCACCGUUCAGUUUGUAUCCAGGCGUGGGCCAGGCCUUUGCCGUCACUGUGACAUACAUGGGGGAUGCUAGUCGUUACGCCCCAACAGCUGCCUACAUCCCGUCCUUCACAUACGGGUGUGAUCUGAGUGUAGAGGGCGAUUGCCAAACAUUGAAUUCAACGUACGCCAAGGUACUGUGCGCCCUGAGCAUCUUUAUUGGUUUGUUAAUCGCGUUCGCUGGCCAUCGCUACUUUCAAUUCGAAAUGAUUCUGGCCGGAUUCUUAACGUUUUCGUCCGUUUCCUACAUUCUGUUGAUUAAUCAUUUUGAUCCAGACGUCACAGGAAUGGCUGCUGGUACUUCGGUGAUGGGCCUUCUCGGUGGCCUACUCUGGUGGUUCGUCUGGUGGUUUUGGGGCAUUCCAGCUCUCUCGGUCCUGCCCGUGGUGCUCAUGCUGGGCUUCUUGAUGUCUUCCAUUCUCUUCUAUCUGCCCAUCAGCUUCGAAUUCCUCACAAACGACUUCAAUUUCUGGUCGGCUUUCUGUUGCUGUUGGCUGGUAUUGCCCGUCGUUUUUGUGACGUUUACACGGCUGGGUAAUAUCGUGAGCUGCGCUGUGAUAGGCAGCUAUGCUGUGAUAGUGCCAAUCGAUCACUACAUCGGUAGCAGCUUGAAGUACAUUGUGAUCAACGUUGUUCGUCGCGCCACGGUGAAUGGAUUCGGACGCGCCGUUCUCGAUCCGCCCUAUCAGGAUAAUGAUAUGAUCUUGACCCUAGCAUGGAUCGGUUUGACUAUCAGCGGCGCCACUUUCCAGUACCUACGUGAACGUAGACGGCCACCGUUUUCACCGCCUGCCGAUAUUUGGCGCCCAUUAAGAUGGACCCGGCUAGGAGGGACAUCCACAAGAUCAGAGUACACUCCGCUGGUUAUGAAUUCCGCCGACGACCCUAGUCCUCAUUACGGCACUGCAUAGUCUCGUGUCUCUUUCCCUACAUUCCCCCCUCCCCCCCACCGUCUUUGUGGUUAGUACCAUGUUGCCUUUUAUAACGUUGCCCGGCACUCAUCCACCUACCUCGUUUCUCACCCCCAGUUGAAAGUCAGUCACUUGUCAAAUGUGCCACAGUUCGUCUACGUAUUUCACUAUUCCUCCCCCGUUUGUGGGGAAAUCGUUUCGCAUUGUAAAACGCCUCGACGCAAAAGUUGCCUUCCCCCUUUUUUUUGUGGUGCAUUAUAGUUUUCGUAGAUUUGAAUGAUGGUCCUAUUUCUUUUUGCUGGCCCAUGUGCCUGUAAGUGAACAAAUUCGAUUGACGGAAGAUGUACUGUACAUUUCGCUCAUAUCUUU